UCCCUCCCCCCUUUCACGUCACACUUUCUCAGCGCUCUUCCUCCCCGCUCCUCAUCCCUCUGCCUCCCCCUGUCAUUUGCCGACUGACUCUCUCCACCAGGAUCAAACACACAGCAGGAUGUCUAUAGUGAACAUCGUUGCCAGGGAGAUCCUCGACUCCAGAGGAAACCCCACUGUGGAAGUGGAUCUGCACACAGCCAAAGGUCUGUUCAGGGCGGCUGUGCCCAGCGGUGCGUCGACUGGCAUCUACGAGGCUCUGGAGCUCCGAGAUGGCGACAAGACUCGCUACAAGGGCAAAGGUGUUACCAAGGCUGUUGCUCACAUUAAUGACACCCUCGGGCCCGCUCUCCUGCAGUCUGGAGUGAGUGUCCUGGAGCAGGAGAAGCUGGACAACACGAUGAUCGAAAUGGACGGCACUGACAACAAAUCCAAGUUUGGGGCCAAUUCUAUUCUUGGAGUGUCGCUGGCUAUAUGCAAAGCGGGCGCCGCGGAGAAAGGCGUUCCCCUGUACCGUCACAUCGCUGAUCUGGCAGGAAACGGAGAUCUCGUCCUCCCAGUUCCAGCCUUUAAUGUAAUCAACGGGGGCUCGCAUGCUGGUAACAGACUGGCCAUGCAGGAGUUCAUGGUUCUCCCUGUGGGUGCAGAGUCUUUCCGUGAUGCGCUGAGGAUGGGGGCGGAGCUUUACCAGACUCUGAGAAGCGUCAUAAAGGAGAAGUACGGCCAAGAUGCUACCAACGUGGGCGAUGAAGGAGGGUUCGCCCCUAAUAUUCAAGAGAACAGUGAAGCCUUGGAGCUGAUAAAGACCGCCAUAGAGAAGGCGGGCUUCACUGACAAAGUGGUGAUUGGGAUGGAUGUUGCCGCUUCUGAGUUUUUCAGCGAGGGUAAAUAUGACCUGGACUUUAAGUCCCCGCCCAACGCUGCCCGCAACAUCAGCGCUGAGGAGCUGGCCAGCAUCUACCAGGGCUUCAUUAACAAUUACCCAGUUGUGUCAAUUGAAGAUCCUUUUGACCAGGACGACUGGCCUGCUUGGUCACAGUUUACAGCUUCGGUUGGCAUCCAGGUUGUUGGAGAUGAUCUGACUGUGACAAACCCCCGCAGGAUACAGCGAGCAGUGGAGGAAAAAGCCUGCAACUGUCUGCUGCUUAAAGUCAACCAGAUUGGCUCUGUGACUGAGGCCAUCAAAGCGUGCAAACUGGCUCAGGAGAAUGGUUGGGGGGUGAUGGUGAGCCACCGCUCCGGUGAGACAGAGGACACCUUCAUAGCCGACCUGGUGGUCGGUCUCUGCACCGGACAGAUCAAGACUGGUGCUCCAUGUCGGUCGGAGCGUCUGGCUAAAUACAACCAGCUCAUGAGGAUUGAGGAGGAGCUGGGGGACCAGGCCCGCUUCGCUGGUCACAACUUCCGCAACCCCAGUGCCCUUUGAGUGACGGAGCCAUCAGCAGCACGAGAAACCAAAUGUUUUUAUGUACUCACUUGUUUCAGUGGAGCCCCAAACACACCAAAUAACUCAUAAAUAAGUCUUUGAAAAAAUAGAAAACUCAUUGUGGCGGUGUUGAUCUAAGGCCUCAACAAGUUAAGUCACACUUCUCUUGGUGGUCUUGUUAUUUUUUUUCCUCGUAUUAUGUGCUUUUCAUCCAUUCCUGAAAGGUGUUAGUCCAGGUUGUUUUGCCAAAUUCCUGUUUCAGUGCAACAAUUUACUGGUACAUUGUCAAGAAACAAUAAAGUUAUGAUAUCGUCUUUAA